GUGGCUUUUUUUUAAGCAAUUCCCCCAUCUUCCCCCGCUCUAAAAACAUGGCCAAACGAGCACGACUCAUCUGGUGCAAACAGAAAAAAACACACAUACACAGAUAAAGGAAAGAAAAGAAAGAGGAGAAAGAUAUCAUCAUGCCAGGAACAGAAGACAUUGAGGCGGCCAUUGAAAAGAAUAAGAAUUCAUUGCAGGACAUUGAACACAUGAUUAACUCUCUCAACGAUGUUCGAUCCUCUGUUCACCAUAUCUUUCACAUUCUACAAGGACGUACAGAGCCAGAGUCAGGGAAUGCCUUUCGGGAACAUGCAAGGUUUACAUAUACCGCUUUAGAAUGUCUAGCCAAACUGGCACUCAGUUCUGAUGCUGUCCUAAACGACGCACAGGCUUUGGAACUUCCAGUAUUGCAAGGACCAUCUCCAAUAUCAAUAGAAGUCAAACGAAAAGAAGCAUCGGAAGAAGAGAAAAACAAUGCAAUACCAAUUCGCAAAACAUCUGGAGAGGCCGGCGGAUCUAUAAUUGAAUUGAAGAACAAAGAAUAUCAAAACCUUUCGGUUGACGAUACGCUUCGAUGGUUUAGCAGGACAAUGAGAAAGUCUAGUCAAAAAGUUCGAGCUACGCGUCUGGAUACCCAGGAUUCCAUGCCAUUCACGACAGUAAAAGUCAGUGUAUCAGGGGUUAUGAAUGCAUUCAUCGUCAUGGAAACAAAUAAGAAGGGACGCUGUACAUCUAUAUCUCGCCUCGUAGUGUUUGGUGCAGGAGAGGAGAAUCCUAUCUGGGAAGACUCAAACCAUCUUGUGUUUAGGAAGAUCACCCAGAUUGCAAUCGGUGCGGUUGAUUGCUUCAUGACGAAGGAACCACGAUCACUUCUUGGGAUUGUUCUGGAAUGGCUAGCAACAUACAGCACCUUGUUUACAGCACCAUGUUCAGGAUGUGGGAAGCAUUUGUUCUUUGAUUCCCAGCAAUUCAAACACCUCCCACCAACAUUGUAUACAUAUAAUCAACCCACACAACCAUAUCACCCCCAAUGCUUAGCAUAAGAUACAAUGAGAAUGGAAGUUUAAGCCACGUACUAUGAAAUAUUUGACAUUUAAUAAAGGCUCUCC